GGGAGGUUAAGUAAUUUGCCUGAAGCCAAAGAAUGAGUAAGUAACCGAGAUGGGCCCCAGAUUCCGUUGCUCUUAACCAUCUGCCACGGAGAAGGCGGAAUGAAACCAUUUCAAAGAAUGCCUAACUCCUUGCUUUGGGGAAAUAAUAGUGUUUUCAUGGCAUCUACACUCUGAACAGUUUUCCUCUCUGUACCAAGCCAGGAACUAGUGCCAGCCACCCUUCCAGGCGUCUUCAUUACUCCCUCCCCUCCCAGUCUAGCUUCAGGAUCUUCUCUCCUGUCCACCGGUCCGAGACUUCAGUGUUUGGAAGUUAACAGCAAAGUUGCCUGCGUUCCCCAGGUGGAGUGGUUCUAAAUUUCCGGCGGCCAGUGGGAACCGAGCAGCAGCGGAUUCAGCCCAAAGAGGCUCAAGGCUGAGCCAUGGGAGGGGCCAGCGAAGGGGGCGGGAACUGAACCCCGGCGGACUUGACUACAGUGUGCGGCGCCGGCUGCUCAGAGCGGAGCCAUGAGCUGGACCUGCCCGCGUUGCCAGCAACCCGUUUUCUUUGCAGAGAAGGUGAGCUCCCUGGGCAAGAACUGGCACCCAUUCUGUCUGAAAUGUGAGCGCUGCCACAGCGUCCUGUCCCCAGGAGGGCAUGCAGAGCACAACGGAAGGCCGUAUUGCCACAAGCCAUGCUAUGGGGCUCUCUUUGGACCCAGGGGGGUGAACAUUGGUGGUGUGGGCUCCUACCUCUACAAAUCCCCCACCCCCACCCCUGCCAGUGCUACUCCCCUUAGCCCCAGCAGGUUCAGGCCCAGGACUGGCCUCCCCCAGGGCAAGAAAAGCCCUCCCCACAUGAAGACGUUCACUGGGGAGACCUCGCUGUGCCCAGGCUGUAAGGAACCCGUCUAUUUCGCUGAGAAGGUGAUGUCUUUGGGCAGAAAUUGGCACCGACCCUGUCUGAGGUGCCAGCGGUGCCGGAAGACCCUGACUGCUGGGAGUCACGCUGAGCAUGACGGCGUCCCCUACUGCCACAUCCCCUGCUAUGGCUACCUGUUUGGCCCCAAAGGUGUGAACAUUGGUGAUGUGGGCUGCUACAUCUAUGACCCCGUGGAGAUAAAAUCCAAAUGAGAUGCUCAUAGCAGAGGUCACCCUAACUCAGGCCUCCCAUCAUCCUCUCCAUGGUCCAAUGGAAGCUACAGAAUUCUCUAGUCCCAUGAGGGUAGGAGAAGGUGGGAUUCUGGCGGCCUGGGCCUAGGCUCCAUGGUAGACCAGAGUCUAGACUUUCUCUGCCAACUCCUCCCUUUCCCAUUCCUAUCUGGUCAGGGAACAUAGGCCACCCCAUUUGAAGGUUAGUGUCUUGGUCUUCCCAAUCCCUUGACCCAGCAAAUUCUGUAACUUCAAGGUACUCAUAAAACUUCUGUUUAUUUUGGCUUCUCCAAUAAAAUGUUGGCU